AUGAGGCGGUUGGAUGGCAUCACCGACUCCGUGGACACGCGUUUGAGCAAAUUCCUGGAGAUAACCGCCACCAAGUGCAGAGAGAGGUCCGUCAGUCCUUCCACUUACCGACCUCUGCGAGGAGGGGGAGCGCUCCCGAGCGGGCUGAGACUCCAGAAGGCGGAGCCACCGCGGGUCGGCAGCCGGUUUCCCAGCGUGCUCCGCGAGCGCAAGGAGGCCGCUCUAGCCGUCGCUGCGACUCGCUGGCGUCAGCUGGGGAGCGGAGGCGGAAGAUGGCGGCAGCGGCCCGGUGGCUGUGAGGAGCGCGGCGGCGGCGAAGACUGCCGAUGGCGGCCGGGAGGCGCCCUCGGGGAGCCGCGGGCCGGCGGCGGCGGCGGCGGCCCGGCCCCCGCGCGCGGGCCUCGCACCCCCAACCUCAACCCCAAUCCUCUCAUCAACGUGCGCGACCGGCUUUUCCACGCUCUCUUCUUCAAGAUGGCUGUCACCUACUCGCGCCUCUUCCCGCCCGCCUUCCGUCGGCUCUUCGAGUUUUUCGUGUUGCUCAAGGCCCUGUUCGUGCUGUUUGUCCUGGCCUACAUCCACAUCGUCUUCUCCCGCUCACCCAUCAACUGCCUGGAGCACGUGCGUGACAAGUGGCCGCGUGAGGGCAUCCUGCGGGUAGAGGUGCAACACAACUCAAGCCGCGCGCCCGUCUUCCUGCAGUUCUGCGAUGGUGGCCAUGGCAGCUUCCCCGGCCUGGCUGUGGAGCCAGAUGGCCUGGAGCUGGAGGAGGAGGAGGAGGAGGAGCUGACCAUGGACAUGUUCGGGAACAGCUCCAUCAAGUUUGAGCUGGACAUCGAGCCCAAGGUGUUCAAGCCACCAGGUGGCCCCGAGGCCUUAAAUGACAGCCAGGAGUUCCCAUUCCCUGAGACGCCCCCAAAAGCCUGGCCACAGGACGAGUACAUCGUGGAGUACUCGCUGGAGUAUGGCUUCCUGAGGUUGUCGCAGGCCACGCGCCAGCGGCUCAGCAUCCCUGUCAUGGUGGUCACCCUGGAUCCCACACGGGACCAGUGCUUUGGUGACCGCUUCAGCCGCCUGCUGCUGGCUGAGUUCCUGGGCUAUGAUGACAUCCUCAUGUCCAGUGUGAAGGGCCUGGCGGAGAAUGAGGAGAACAAAGGCUUCCUGAGGAAUGUGGUGUCCGGCGAGCACUACCGCUUCGUGAGCAUGUGGAUGGCCCGCACGUCCUACCUGGCCGCCUUCGUCAUCAUGGUCAUCUUUACCCUGAGUGUGUCCAUGUUGCUGCGCUACUCCCACCACCAGAUCUUUGUCUUCAUUGUGGACCUGCUGCAGAUGCUGGAGAUGAACAUGGCCAUCGCCUUCCCCGCAGCGCCCCUGCUGACCGUCAUCCUGGCCCUUGUGGGAAUGGAGGCGAUCAUGUCCGAGUUCUUCAACGACACCACUACAGCCUUCUACAUCAUCCUCAUUGUGUGGCUGGCUGACCAGUAUGACGCCAUCUGCUGCCACACCAACACCAGCAAGCGGCACUGGCUUCGGUUCUUCUACCUGUACCACUUUGCCUUCUACGCUUACCACUAUCGCUUCAACGGGCAGUACAGCAGCCUGGCACUCGUCACCUCCUGGCUCUUCAUCCAGCAUUCCAUGAUCUACUUCUUCCACCACUACGAACUACCUGCCAUCCUGCAGCAGAUCCGUGUCCAGGAGAUGCUGCUGCAAACACCACCACUGGGCCCCGGCACCCCCACGGCCCUGCCGGACGACCUGAACAACAAUGGAGGCAUCCCACCUAUCACCCCCGACGCUGCCAACCAGUCCCCUGCCCUGGGCCCUGGCUUGCCAGGUGCUGGCGGGGCCCCCGGGCCCGUGGCUGAGGCACCUAGCUCCCUGGUGGCCGCAGCGGCCUCAGUGGCUGCAGCAGCCAGUGGUGACCUGGGUUGGAUGGCAGAGACGGCUGCCAUCAUCACAGACGCCUCCUUCCUGUCUGGCCUGAGCGCCUCUCUCCUGGACCGGCGGCCAGCCAGCCCCCUGAGCCCCAGUGGGGGGCUCCCACAGGCCCUGCAGGACAAUGCCCCUACAAGCAACUCUCCAGGGUCUGAUGCAGUCCCUCAGACCACCGGGGGGGGCAGGCCCAGCCCUGCAUCCACUGAUCUAGUGGGCACGCCCUCAGAGGUCGGCUCCUGAACUCUGGGCAGCUGACUGCCUCUGUCCCUGGCCAUCCAAGCCAGCUGGGUGUGACCUGGCUGGAGCCCUCGGGGAUCAGGGAGACUGUCCCCAGUGGCUCUGGGAAUGCUCAGCCUGCCUUGGGUGGUUUGGGGUCCAUCAGGUUUGCUGGGAGGCAGGCGUCUCUCCCCCAGGGCAUGGGGCCAGCCUACAGCCUGUCCCUGUCCCUGGUGGGUCUCCUCAGCUAGUAAAUGAAGACCAGCCUGUGAACCAGGGUAGGAGAAGGGGUGGGGGCUCCAUGGAGGUUCUGAAAAGGUGGUGAAAAGUCUGGAGCAAGCUGCCCCGGAGCAAAGCAUCGGGUGGGGCUGGCUUAGCUGGUGCUCUGUCAUGCCCAGUGCCUUUCCACGGCCACCCUACGCGCCCGGGCUGGGGCCCCGGGAAGGUGGAGCUCGGCCCCGAUGGUGCAUAGGCGCCAACAUCUAAGGCAGCCAGGGGCACCGGGGUUCCGCCCUGCUCUGGGUGGGGAGAUGGCCGGUGACCCAACCCAAUCACUUUGUGAGGAAUGCAGAAGAGCGCUCAUUCCACUCUUAUUUAAUUGCAGUGUACAGAAUGGUGUUUGUAUAUAGAAUAAACUGUUGACAGCGUCCA